AUGAAGAAGAGAGACUCAUCUAUGCAAUCACCGAGGAAACAAAUUAAACUAGGAGAAAACCACACCAAAUCAAGAGCAGCAAUGCCAACUCCACCACCGCCCACUAACACAAAUCAAAGGCAAGUGGAGAGCCGAAGAGGAGAAGACGAUUGGGCGCUUGUUAACUUUGUUGGAGAACCAGUCCAAGACCCAAGAGAUAAUGUCACAUGGUAUAUAAGGAAGCUUAGCUUGACCAAGCUCUUCAAGAUAGAGUGCAGCGAAUAUCCACAGCUUACUAGAGAGUUCCUCACAGUCGCCCUAGCUUUCCCAAACAACAAUGGAGACCAACCAGCUGCCCAUGACUUCAAGGAGAACUCAACUAGGAAAAAAGCCCAUUCCUACCUUCAAGGUCCAAGUUGUCUAGGAUCACCCAUCCAGCAAUUCGCUAUGUGCACCGCCUCAUCUCAAGCACCUUUCAAUGCAACCAAUACAUCGCUUGUCACUUUCCAACCUAAGGAGAAAGACUUCUAUGUUCCAUCACGAGAGAAGCCAUCACUCCCCUUCCACCAUUAUCACACACUUCAGCGCACAGUCAAGGCUUACGCCGCCACCAAGAACGCCAUGUUCUCAGCAUUGGAAUGGCAGCGAACCAACUGGAGAAGGUUGUGGAGUGCCAGUCACGUUUUAUCUCGCGUCUAG